UUCCUGAAGAAACAGGUCACCGACGAGUCUCUUGAUCAGUGGCAGGACCAGGCGUACGAAAUCCUAAACGCCAUGAGUGCCAUGUUCACCACGCACUGCAAAAAGCUAUCGCAAAUUGUACCUAGAUCUGGAGAACGCGUGGUACGAACAGCUGGACCAGGUUGGCGAUGAUCUGGUUAGCAGAGAGGUGACCGAUGGCGACACCUGGGAAACUCUGGCGGACGGGCACACCUCCGUCAUGUUCGGACCCAUCCGUAAGAAGGUGGAGGAUAACAUGCGGAAAUCGGAGAAAUGCUGGGAGGCGGUGGUCAAGACGGCGCCGGGCCAAGUGGACCACCUGUACAACUACAUCGCCUCCUCCUGUGAGGUGUUCUCUCUGCAUCUGGGCGAGCGCGAGCGGUACGCCAAAAAGCUGGAGCUUCAGCUACAGGCGGUGGACACACAGCAGGCCGGCAAGGAGGCGCAGCUAGAGCAGAAGAUCAACAAGGCCGUCAUCAGCAUGCUGGAGGAGUCCAAAGUGAACAAGGUGCACCAGAUCCAGCAGACGCUGGCGCGCACCAUGCAGGGAUUCCUGCCCACUUACGAGCAGUUCCAGGAGCGGCGCCUGCUGCUUCUGCUCGCCUACAGUGAGAGGCUCGAGGCCGAGACAAGCCUGGCGCUGGCCAACGUAUCCGAGAAGCUGGAGGGCACGGUGACGUCGGCCGAGCCGCCGCCGGAGGAGCCUCCCGAGGGGCUGCCACCGGCUGCUGGCCCCCUGUCGCCGGGUGAGUUGGGCACAUGCCAGCUCCAGGGUGAUGAUGAGCGACGAUGGGGCGUUGAGGUGAUCAGCUGUGCUGUCUAA